CGCUGCGCUUGCAGCUUCCAGGAGUACGGCCUUUUCCAUUUUCAGCUGGUGGAUAUACAUUCGGUACUAUGGUUUAGGCUUUGAUGUCUCGUUGCAAUUCAUAAUCACACCAAUCGACUUGCUACACAUGAAGCCAAGAAAAAACUACGUCACUGUUUGAUAUUUUCUCGCUGAAUUUAAGCACUCCAAUCAUCCAUUCAUUUCUUGUUUUCUUGCUUUUCUUUUUCUCGUCGUUGUCUUAUUCUUUCUGCGACUUUUCUUCAUCUUCUUCCAUUUCUCGAUAUGGAAAACCUGUUGGGGCUUCUCAGAAUUCAUGUACACAAAGGGGUGAAUCUUGCUGUCAGAGAUGUGAUGAGCAGUGACCCUUAUGUUCUGGUCAAGAGGGGCAAACAGAAACUGAAGACUCGUGUGGUGAAGAAAAAUGUCAAUCCUGAGUGGAAUGAAGACUUAACUCUUUCCAUUGAUAACCCAAAUCUUCCAAUCACAAUUGAAGUUUAUGACAAGGACACAUUCAGCCCAGAUGACAAAAUGGGAGAUGCAGAGUUUGAUAUCGGUCCAUUUCUGGAAGCCGUAAAGAUGCACCUAGAAGGCCUCCCCAACGGAACCAUAAUAACAAGAAUCUCACCAAGCAGGCAAAAUUGCCUAGCUGAAGAAAGCCAGAUUAUCUGGGUUAAUGGCAAGGUGGUUCAGAACAUAUUUCUUAGACUGCGAAAUGUAGAGUGCGGCGAGGUGGAACUCCAGCUGCAAUGGAUUGAUAUUCCAGGUUCUAGGGGUUUGUAGGUUGCACUUACCUAUGUAUGUGUGUUUACUGCUUAGUUACAAUGUAUUGAGAUUUCAGGAAUGUCACAAAGUUAGCCAUAAACGGAUUUCUUUUAUGUUUAUUGCUCUGCAUAGCUUGCAAUAAUAAGCGUAAUGAACUUCUUUA